AUGGGAUUGGAGCAUUUGUUGGUCCUCUGCUGUUACGGUGGUCAACCCUUUGUUGAUUUUCACCUUACACCGGCACAUUCAUCCACUCAACAGAUUGAUCCGACAGACUGGCAGGCCAGUGAUAUUGCAGGAUCACUGCUCGAUAAUUCGUCGAUCCCUUUGAUUCCACAUUUACGAGAAGUGCUUGACGUGGGAGUGUCACUAUCGGUGUGCGACCUCUUCAACGUCACAUUCACCACCACAGCCGAUCAGGCGCUUUUCGACCGAUAUCAAGCAAAAUUGGCUUGCCGCCUAUUACGGUUCGCUUCAUCAAAGCUUCAAGUACUGCUUAGCGAUGUUGAGUACUUUACAAAAAGAAGAGAAGGAAAACUGGGAAAACCGACAAUAGGGAAAAGAAAAGAGGAAAGGGAAGCCCCUGUGCAAGUGGAAGCAUAA